AUUUAUUAUUGAAAUAAUAAAUAUUAUUCAUGUUUCAUUCGAAAUUCAAAUAUUUUGUCUAACGGAAAAAGAAAGCUUCGAGGAGAAACAUCGCUCACGCUCUCUUUGACUUCCAGUAACAAAACGCUUUCUCUCUCUCUCUCUCUCUCACUUCUCUCGAAAGCUGGCUCUCUCGUUGGGUACACAUACACAUACUAAGGCAAGUUCUUAUCAAACCAACGGGCAAGCAGCUGGAAGCAGACAGGCAUACAGUUAAGCAGGCGUUCAGGCAACCAUUCGGGACUCGGGUGCAAGGAUAACACGGGAGCAGACAGGCAGCACUUUAUAAGGUGUAACACGAAACUGGAGCAAUUCAGUUCGUAGUUGGCAGGCGUCGCAUAAGGUUGCAACAACGAAGCAGCAGCAGCAGUGGCAGCAGUGGCAGCAGCAGUAGCAACAGCAGCAGCAGCAACGGUAGAAGAAGAAACAGGAGCAGCAGUAGUCAGUUAGUAUGAAGGCAGUAGGCAUACUGCUCGACACCAAAUACAAAAGCUGUGUGAAUAAGUGACUAAAUGAAUGGCCAUUGAAUACACGGUCCCUGCUUCACGGCAAUAAAAAAAAGGAAGAAAAAUUUAAAAGUGCCCACACCCCAACGAAUGAAAUAAAUAUAAAAAUAAUUGCAAACGAAACGACAAAAACAAUUGGAAAAUCAACAAAUGAAAUACGCAAAUUAAAAAAAAAAAACUAUCUCCUACUGAAUGCUGACCGUGAAUCUGCUUUGAAAGGAAAACCGUGAAAUUGAGUCGCCAGCCACAGGACGGUACGUGCAACGCAUAGCAAAAGGCAUAGCAUUAAAAACAACUAGCACAACAACAAGUAGGAGAACAUGUAGCAUGUGGAUCAAAUAGAACGCGUAAUAGCAAGCAAACAGUGGUUGCUCUUAAUGAGGAUUGCCUGUGAGCUUGGAACUGAACUGAAUUUCAAAUUCUGGGCUGCUCUUUGGGCAAUUAAAGCCCCAGCAAGAACAACAACAAUCACAACAACAACAGCAAUCAUUUUUUAAUUAAAAAACAUUACGAAUUUGAAAGCAAAUUUUAAGCUUUGCAUUUGCCAAGUUUCCGAGUGAUUAAUUUCAUAAUACCAACAACGAAGCCAGCGUACAAUUGAAGCCAAUUAAGCGAGCGGGCAAAGCUGUUACUGACUGUUAACUAUAACAACCAAAAACAAGAACAAGGAAAGGAGCGAGCAACAAAUGCCGUCAUGAGUUUCCUUAGCUCCAUGCAACAAUAUGUAACAAGUGGCAUAUCGAGUUUGGGGCUCGGUAAUCGUCGCUUCUCUCUGUCUCGCCAGGAGUCAAGUGAACAGCAGGCCAAUGCAGGUGGCAUGCCGCCACAACAGCUGUUGCCUCAGCAGCCGUCACAGCAGCAGCACUUGCAGCAACAACAACAGCUGGCGACGCAACAGCAGCAACAACAUCUGACGCCGCAGCAGCAACAACAACAACAACAACAGCAGCAGCAGCAGCAGCAGCAACAACAACAACAACAGCACGGACACGCACCGUUGCAACAACAGGCGAGCAUUGGCAGCGGCCUGGGGCUAAGCGGUGGCAGCGUUUAUGGCGCACCCACACAACCAACAGCAGGUCUGACGGCAACAACAGGAGGCAGUAAUUACCCCGCCGGCGGCGUCGUAAUCGGCAAUCCGAAUGCCACUAAUCCAUUACUAGGGUAUCCGAAGGUGGCAGGUAGCAGCAGUGCAGCAGGGGGCAACCCAUCGUCCGCUGGAAGCACCCCCAUCAAUUCGCGUCGUCAAUCGAGAGCCCUGGAGUGUUUGGCGCCUCCACGUACUGGUUCAUUUCGUAGUCGGAAUUCGGCACUGCAUCAGCCAGAUCCGCCGCCGCGACCGCCGUUGGCAUUUUGCAAGCGUCGCCUCAGUUGGCCAGAGGUUGAUCCACGCUCCAACUCGGGGGUCCAGGAAACGGAUGGCUCGUAUUUUGAGAACUUUACAUCGUUGGGCUGGAAACGUGAAAAUCGUCGCAUGUCGGCAACGCGUGCGGCCGAAUCACGUGCCGAGGCUAAUCCUGAAAAUGAACGUGAUCCACCAGCGCCCGAGGAGUCCAUUGACCGCCAGGACGAAAAGGAGAAGCUCUACAUUGAGGUGUUGCACACCAUUGCCAAUACGGUCGGCGCUCCUGCGCCAGGAGGACAGUUUGCGCAUUACAAGGAUGAAAUGUAUCUGCAUGCCCAGCGCGCCUUUGGUGUCAAUCCGGAUCGUCAUUAUCGCCUGCUGCACGCCUCCGCCGAGGAUAAACCAAAGAUAAUCGUUCUGUCUGUGGUCGUCAUCGAGGCAGAUGGCCUCGAGGCGAAGGAUGCCAAUGGCUUCUCGGAUCCCUAUUGCAUGCUAGGCAUACAGCCGGACGGCGGCCCGCCCGUGUCACCGCUACCGCUGCCGCCGACUCCGCGCGCCCUUUCCGCUGAUAUGAGCGGUGGCUUUGAUAACAGUUCCACGGACUCGCCACCGCAUCGUAAGCAUAGCUUUCGUUUGAGCUUCAAGCGGCGCGAGGCUGGUCGACGGGAGCAGCGCGACUCGCUGGGCGGCCCAGUGCCGGCGAAGCUCAUCAAGGCUACAAGCAUUAAACCGCACACGCUUAGCCCCAAAUGGAAUGAAAAAUUCAAAUUCGACAUCGAUGACAUCAACACAGACACCUUCCACUUGGACAUUUGGGACCACGAUGACGAGAGCUGCGUCAUGGACGCCGUCUCGCGACUGAACGAGGUGCGUGGUGUGCGCGGACUGGGUCGCUUUUUCAAGCAGGUCUGCCAGUCAGCACGUCAGGGAUCGCAAGAUGAUUUCCUCGGCUCUGUGAAUAUACCAAUUUCGGAGAUACCCUCCACAGGACUGGAUGCCUGGUUCAAGCUGGAGGCGCGCAGUCAUCGCAGCACGGUGCAGGGUCGCAUACGGCUCAAGCUGUGGCUAUCAACGCGUGAGGAUCGUGGCAAUGCCCCAGAAGAGAACAAUGAGCAGCAGUUGCGUAAGAUCGAGCAGCUCCAAAUGGUUUUUAUGCAGCACGAGGUGACCACGCAUGAGCCAUCGUGGACCUGGUGCGGUGAUCUGCCCGGCCCGGCGCUUACUAUACUCCAUCAGCUGGCCGUGCAGGCUGAACUCAGUGAUCUGCAGUGUGCCAUGGCGAGAUAUGUGGCGGCAGCCAGACUAAAUCGCUCGACACCACUGGACCCAAAGUUCCUGCACCGCCUGCUGAGUGAUGUGGAGAAGCAAUGGAAUCAGCCCAAUCAAGAGGCACUCACACGCGAUCUUGAACAAUGGCUGGCAGAGGCAAUGAAUGGCUUUGUGGAGCGUUCGUUAAAUCAGAUACGUCGUCAUCGAGACAUCUUUCCAGCAUUGAAUCCACCGUCGCUCAUUCGCUUAGAAUUCCUGCUGCGAUGUCUGGGUCUACUGGGAUCGAUGCGAGCCUUUCGUGCCGUCUGCCCCUUUAACAAGGGAGUGCGCGGCGAGGUAGUCAAUGCAUUGCGCAAGGGCUCCAUCAUGUGGGGACAGAAUGUGCUGCGCGAAUCGCAGUGCUUACCCAAUCCAUUAUCGAAUUUCGUAACAACAUUAACCGCCGACAUCCAGCUGGGACAGACCUACUAUCAUGCGCUCUUCGACAACACGAAUGGCAUUCAGUACUUCAGUAUCAUCUACAAGCAGUAUGACGCCAUGGUUGGAGAAGAGGUAUACACACGCAUGGCUGCUGGCCAAGUGCCCGGCGUGCGAAUGAAUCUCUCGCAGUAUGCUGUACUCGAGGGGGAAGCGGAGCCGGUCGACACGAAGCCAUUCGAGUUGUUUCUGGCAUUGCAAGAAUUCUGCCAACUGAAGCGUCACCUGUCCGCUCAGCCACAGCCGCCGGAGAAGCCGUUGGCGUUGAGCAACAGCCACGAAUGGUUUAUACCGACCUUUGAACGAUGGAUGAUGAUCAGCAAAGCUAAGGCGUUGCAGCGCAUUCGUGCCGCCAUUCGCAUGGAUGCUAUUUGCGAGGGUGAGCGCAUUGUGAGGUACAGUAGCUCCUCGGUGGACACGGCCAGCACGCUACUCAACAUCAAGGAGUUCUGGAAAGUGAUCAACUGGCCCGAUGAAGAUACCGCCAUAAUGCUUGAGUCGCAGCUUAUCGAUGUCGUCUGCUCGGCGGCCAUGCACUAUUGUGAUCUCAUUCAUACAACACUGGCGGACAGCGGUUACUAUGAGCAGCAGGGUCCGUUCCGAUGCUCCGACGAUAUGUGUGUAACGGUUAAUAAUGUGGAGUAUGUGCGUCGCACACUUGCCGAGUUUCGCUCCGAUGAACAACCGUUGGAGGAGUCGGCUGACAAUCUACUGGAAUCGAGUUUAACCCACAUGGAGAAUCGCUGCGAACGCAUUCUCUCCAAGCUGGCGCCACUCAUGCAGAUGUCCCUACAGAAGGCAGUGUUCCAUUUGGCCUGGUCACCGGACUCAUUGCCUGCUAAUCAGGCGAUUGUUCCACUGCUCGAGUAUCUUGAUUGCCAUCUAGCUGCUCUGAAUAGCGCUUUGCUCACUAAGAACUUUAAUCGUUCACUGCGAUUCAUCUGGAAGACUGUACUGGGGGAAAUGUCACGGCAAAUGGAGACGGGCGAUGAGACGGACAAACCGACGCAUUUUCACAAACGUCUGUAUGAAGCACUGCAACUUCUUGUUGACUUCUUUCAUGCCGAGGGCCAAGGAUUGCUUCUAGAGUGUCUGCAUACUGAGGACUUUUGGCGAAUUGAGCAACGUCUGCAGUUCCACAAAACCGAUACAGAUCGCUUGAUUGACAUGUUCUACUUAAAUCGUUUGCGCGAGCAGCUGAUAGCUGUUAGUCCAGGGCCCUAUGGUUCUUUGGCUGUGCGCGCCUACUUCAAUCACGACUCGUUGUGCGUCGAGGUGCUGCAUGCGAGGGAUGUGGUGCCACUUGAUCCGAAUGGUUUCAGUGAUCCUUUUGUAGUUAUCGAGCUGCUACCGCGUCGCAUCUUUGUGCACUGCAUGGAACAGCAGACCAAUGUGCAUAAGCGCACGCUAAAUCCUAUUUUCGAUGAAUGCUUCGAGUUCUCUGUGACGCUGGAGCAGUGCCUCAGCGAUGGCGCCAUGAUUUGCUUCACUGUAAUGGACCACGAUGUGCUCACAGCGAAUGAUUUCGGUGGUGAGGCCUAUUUGGCACUGGGCAAUAUUCCAGGCGUCGCCGACUACAGCACCAGUGUGGAUAACUUUCAUGGGCUCAAGCAGAUUGAGCUGCCCUUGAUGCAGCAAAAGGAUAAAUGCAAUCCAAUUUUGCAAAUCCUCGAGCUGCGCAUCAAUGACAAACAGGCGCAGGACUUUGUGCGCAAACAGAAGGCCCGUUUCAUCAAUUGAUUUUAAUUCCAGGUGAGCAGCGUUUGAAGCGUUUAAAGCGUUUGAAGCGUUUGAAAAACGCACCUCUCUCUAAUAUGCAAUCAAAUUGCAAUGGACUCAAACGACGAAAAAAGUGUAUAAAGUAUUUGAAAAACAAAAACACUCUGUUAUUAUUAAUAUAAUUACUACUAUCACUUAAUAGUAGUUGUCUAAAGAAAUCCCCUUACCUCCUACCUUAGUCCUAAUCCUCCACAUUGUGUCCUUCUCUGUUUGUAAAUGUUUGCAAAUUGAAAUUCAAAUGGUGCAUAAACUAGCAAGUUAUGGAGCAUUUUAUGGGCCGAAUCGAUUUCGAUAUCGACAUCGAAUCGAAUCGAAUUUAAACCGAAUUCAAAGCCCAAAUGUUCUACAAAAACGAAAGAAAUUACAAUGAAGAAAAUAUGAGAAAAUUUUAUGUUAAAUAACGAUUACUUGACAAACUCAAACACACACAUUAGGAACUAUCUAAGUAGUAGCGUAGACAUUGCUGAAAUUGCCACAAUUAAGCAUACAAAUAUCAAAUAAUUAAAUUAAUUAAUCGUAAAAUCAAAUAUAUACAUACAUAUAUAACUUGUAGCUCUACACCAACAACUACGAACAUUUCUAGCACCCAGCUGCGUUUUGAAGACUUUUACUAAAACAAACAUGAAUAAUAUUGAAACACACGGGAUUUGUAUUCAUCUUCGGUUAAUCGAAGGACAAUAAAUGCUUGCAAAGGUCUUUUCAAAUUUACAGUCUGCCAUUUUAGUACACAAAAUAUGGAAACAAUUGGAGGCAUACAAUUUUUAGAAUUCCAUUAAUAUUUGAAUUUGAGCGCGGAAUUUGUCUGAUAUCUAGAAAAACAAAUUCAGUUUUCAUUUUGUUUGAAUUAUAUAAAAAAGUACGACUACUCCUACAUCAGAAAGAUUUGCUCAUUCAAUGAAAAUACCAAUUUAAAACAGUUCAAAAACGCGUUUAGUCUUUUGCAAGUGUUUUGAAAUAAAAAUA